CACUGGAGAGGCAGAGAGGAGUGACCACAGAGACAGAGGGGUGGGUGGGCUGGCCCAUGGCGGAGGCUUCGCUCCCACAGCUGAGGGGAGAUGCCGAAGCCACGCCUUGCCCCAGCGUCCUGGAACUGGAGGAGCUCCUGAGGGCAGGGAAGGUUUCUUCCAGCCACGUGGAUGAAGUUUGGCCCAACCUUUACAUAGGAGAUGCCCAAGGUCCUGGUGCACUGCGUGGUCGGGGUGAGCCGCUCCGCCACACUGGUCCUGGCCUACCUCAUGCUGCGCCAGCAGCUCUCCCUGCGCCAGGCGGUGAUCACCGUGAGGGAGCGCCGAUGGGUCUUCCCCAACAGAGGUUUCCUCCACCAGCUCUGCCGGCUGGACCAGCAGCUGCGGGGUGCAGGCCGGAGCUGAGGGGCCAGAGCUGGGCCUUACUCCCUGCUAUGGGGCUCUGCCACUUUGCCCUGGCCCUGCUGGUGCUGCUGGAGAUUGUGGCCCAGGUGGAUACCCAGAAGAUGGUAAGAGCCCAGUGCGGGGCCCGCCCUAGAGCCUGCAACUCCAUCCAUUUCCUCCUGCUGCCUGCACUCCCUCUCAGCCACGGCCUCCAGUUCUCACAGAAACAGCAUCAAGUGUGCAGAGACAGGCGUCUGGAAGCUGGGAGCAAAAACUGCCUGUCAGAGAAGACCACAGCCUGGGCCAAAUACCCCCACAGGAUGGACUCGUUGCAGAAGCAGGACCUCCGGAGGCCCAAGAUCCAUGGGUCAGUCCGGGUGUCCCCCUACCAGCCACCCACGCUGGCCUCGCUGCAGCGCUUACUGUGGGUCCGUCGGGCUGCCAUGUUGAACCACAUCAACGAAGUCUGGCCCAACCUCUUCCUGGGAGAUGCGUACGCAGCCCGGGACAAGAACAAGCUGACCCAGCUGGGCAUCACCCAUGUUGUGAAUGUCGCCGCAGGCAAGUUUCAGGUGGACACAGGUGCCAAGUUCUACCGUGGAAUGCCCUUGGAGUACUAUGGCAUCGAGGCUGAUGACAACCCCUUCUUUGACCUCAGUGUCUACUUUCUGCCUGUUGCUCGAUACAUCCGAAGUGCCCUCAGCGUUCCCCAAGGCCAUGUGCUGGUACACUGUGCCAUGGGGGUGAGCCGCUCUGCCACAGUUGUCCUGGCCUUCCUCAUGAUCUGCGAGAACAUGACGCUGGUGGAGGCCAUCCAGACAGUGCAGGCCCACCGCGACAUCUGCCCCAACUCAGGCUUCCUCCGGCAGCUCCAGGUCCUGGACAACCGACUGGGGCGGGAGACGGGCCGGCUCUGACCUGGUGGGCAGCCAGGAAUCCUGACCCUCUGGCCGGCAUGGCCCACCUAACCAGCCUGGACCUGGGGGCCUUGUUUCCGGUGACCUUGAGAUGUAAAUAGCAAGUGGGGGCUUAGCUGAGGCAGAGGCAGGGAGAGCUGGUGGUGACCUUUAGCAGGUGGAUAUUCCCUGACCCAAUCCAAAGAUUCUUUAUGCAAAAGAGAGUUCAGUCUGUCUCUAUAAUAAAAGGUUCCUCAUAAUAAAGACUUCAUCUUCUGGUGA